CUCUCUCUGUCUCUCUGCGUGACUCAUGUGGGUGUUGGGCUGAAAUAGUUUGGUGUAGUUUUACAUUCCUUAUAUAGCCCGUGGAGAGGGGACGAGACGUAAAGCCUCACCCCCGACACAAGGCCGAAGAGUCGGAGGGUCGCACUCGUUUCCAGAACCAGCGUUCCUCGUACUUUUCUUGGCUUUCCAGUGGCUGAUUUGGCCCUUUCUGCGAGGUACGUGCACACUGUUGACUCAGACAGAUGGUGGAGUGGAUCGGACGCAGGGGCGAAGGGUCUCGUAAUUCAUUCUGCGAGAGAGAGAGCCAUGAACGUUUACAGCGUGACGCUCAGCGGGCCGGCGCCGUGGGGUUUCCGACUCCAGGGAGGGAAGGAUUUCAGCAUGCCUCUCACAGUGUCCAGGCUGACUCCUGGAGGAAAGGCAGCUCAGGCCGGAGUCGGCGUGGGAGACAGUGUGGUGUCCAUUGGAGACUCCAACGCUGAGGAGAUGACACACGUUGAGGCACAAAACAAGAUAAGAGCAGCAACUGACUCCCUCAGUCUGACACUCAGCAGAGCUUUCCAGUCUCAAGGUGAACAGAAGGCAUCGCUUGCUACUGCACCCACUCAGCCUAAGUACUCCUUCACGCCCAGCACGACCAUAAACAAGAUGGCGCGGCCUUUCUCUGCCUCUGCUAAUAAAUCCAGCACAGGGCCCGUCAUCAAACCGGUGGCGUACGCUCCCAAGCUUAACACCAACGCAUCUAACGCCAGCACGCCAGUGUCAGGCAGCAUGCCCCCCUCUCAGAACGGCCAUGGAGUGACUCCGUGCCCCAGCAAACCUGCAGCAAAGCCCGAAGGAGCUCGAGCUCCAGCUCAUAAAUCUUCCACCACGUCCGGACCUUCGAGCCGCCCGCCUUGGGUGAUGGACCCGAAUUUUGCCGAACGCUAUCGGCCGGAUAAGACGAGCACGGUGGUGACGCAGCACAGGCAGCCGGCGCAGCCCACACCCGAGCAGAACCGCAGCUCCAUCCUCCAGGCUGCGCAGCAGAACCCGGAGUCCGACUCCGGACGCACGCCGCUCUGCGCCGCAUGCAACAAGAUCAUAAGAGGUCGCUAUGUGGUGGCUCUGGGCCGCUCCUGGCACCCGGAGGAGUUCACGUGCUGUCAGUGCCGAGCCGUGCUCGACGAAGGCGGCUUCUUUGAGGAACAAGGCUCCGUUUAUUGCACCAAAUGCUACGACAAUCGUUACGCCCCCAACUGCGCCAAGUGCAAGAAGAAGAUCGCUGGAGAGAUCAUGCAUGCCCUGAAGAUGACCUACCACGUCCAGUGCUUUGUGUGUGCCGCCUGCAGGAGGCCCAUCAGAAACCAGGCCUUCUACAUGGAAGAGGGCGAGCCUUACUGCGAGAGAGACUAUGAAAAGAUGUUUGGUACUAAAUGUCAUGGCUGUGACUUUAAGAUCGAUGCCGGCGACCGCUUCCUGGAAGCUCUAGGCUACAGCUGGCACGACACGUGCUUCGUCUGUGCGCUUUGCCAUGUCAACCUGGAGGGCAAGACGUUCUACUCGAAGAAGGAUAAGCCUUUGUGUAAAGGUCACGCCUUCUCUCCACUUUGAGGAGCCGAGAUCCAGCGCUCCAGUGGAACACACAACAUGGAGAGAAUCCUAUGGCAAGGGUUAUGAUGGCUCAGAAUUUCUGUGUAGUAAUGGACUGAAGUUUUGGAAUACUGACUUCUGAUGUGUAGUAAAAAACAAAACAAAAAAAACCCCCUUUUUAAAAUAUCUGGUAAUAAUAAGACUGCCGAGAGAAAACCACGAGGUGCUUUUCAAUGGUCUUGAUCUUAUUGUUUUUAAAUAAAUAAAUAGUAGGAAAUGAUGUACGUGGGUUUUCUCCCGACAGAGAUGAUUAGGCCAGUUCUGAGCUGUGUAGCCAGGAAAUGUCAGCCAUUUUGCUUUGGCAGGUAAAGCCUUCACCAUCCCUGCCAGUACAGGUUAGCAUUUCAUCCCUGUCAGUAUUUAUUUAGGAAACAGGCCACUUUUUUCCACACAGGUAAUGAUUAAUCUUGAGAUAAACAGGGAUGCAGGAUCCUUAUUGAUAUUGAAUAGUUACUGGAUAUAGAUGCAAAUUACAGGUCUUGAUAAUGCUAAAUAUGAAUAGGUAAAGCCAUCUUCUGUGUCAUGUUGCCAGUAUGUGCUUAUACAUGCAUGCCUACCACACUUCACUGUUUUUCUCUUUCAGAUUGCUUUAAUUUCACCCCCCCCUUGUUGUUUUUUUUUUGUUUUUUAACAUACACGGGCACUCUCUAGUCAAUCACGCAAUAUCUAAAUCGCAGAUGAACUACACAAGUACGUUAUUCGUCCGAGAACGCGUACUACCUGGUCAAAUUAGGUCUGGAAUACACUUAUCGCAUGUAUAGAAAUAUUAGCCCUAGGUGUGACAUCAUCCUAACGCUACGUCAGUGUAGCCCUGCACGUCCCCAGACAACCCGCAGUCCUCUAUCCCCAUGUGCCGUGGUACUUAAAGUAAUGGCAAACCCGCCGAGGAAGAAAAAUGAGCCUCUGGCAGCCGAACAGCACUGCAUUAGCGCUGAUUGCGAGAGGUUCAUAUUGACCUGAGCGACGAUCUUUACGUGCUUCCCAUACCGAGCAUGCCACGACUGUCUGCUCUAAUCUGACAGGUACCUCUAAUUAACAAAAGGCUUAGGGCCUGCGUGAGCCAAGCUCGUUUUCUGAGCAUGAAUUUACAUGUUUUAACCAAAAGGCUCCUGCUGAUCAAAGAAACAGAUCAACACGAUAUUGCCCCUGUCAAAGAGUAUGUGGUGCUGCCAUGAUCAUAUGAGUUUGGUCAUCACUCACAAUCUUUUAACAUCAGCAUCUCUUGGUGAAGCCAGAUCCUGCUAACACGUGACUGUUUUAGUGUGCAGGCUAGUCAUUAGUGUCAUCGCUGUGGUGCUCUGUCUCAGUCCUAGAGGCCUCCCCUUGGCUCUGGCACCUGAUUCGACUAAUUACAAGGUCAUUAAAGGAAAUCUGCAGCAUUUUUCAAUUUAAUCUCCAUCCACUGCAUCUGUAGUGUGUGAUGAUCACAGACAAGAAUUUCAACACUGUUCCCUAUGCAGAGAAAACAAUUCCACCAUUAAACAAUGGAAAAUAUGCAACUAUACAUCAAGUAUUACAACCGUUACACUCUAAUAAUAAAGAUCUUCGGGUUAAGACAUACAUGGAGGAGGAGGAGCAUCACAGAUAUUUUGUCAGCCAGUAUCUGAUUACAAACUAUUAGCUAAGCUUGGCUCCUUAUUCAACAUGAUCUUUACAGAAAGAUAGCCCAAGCGAGGUGAGAAAGUAAAUACAAAAUCAUUAAAGAUGAGAUAUCAAAUGUAUAUUUUAGACAGAAAAAAUAUUUGGCAAAAAUCUGAUACUUGUGUUUUCUCAUAGGUUUUCCAAAACCAUUACACAUAUAUACAAAAAAAAAUACAUCUUUAAAUUGCGUGUCUUGACAAAAGCAGAAGUCUAAUUCCAUUAUAAAUGAAUUUGGUCAUUUUGUGUAUAGGGAAAUAUUACAAAUUUUGUCUGAUGUACUACAGAUGCACUAGAUGGAGAUUAGGUUUAAAAAAAAUGAUUGUAAAAAGCGUUCGCCCAAACUGGCUGGUGGGCGGGAAAUGGCAUGUGACCAAAUUCUAGAGAAGAUGUACAAGAACCUGCCUUCUGAUAUCACUAAAGCAGUCUCGGCCUUUAAUAUUGGACAGUGCCACUUCCUGUAUAUCCCACUUCUUAUAUAUUCUUUUAUUAGACAGUACCUUCAUUUUGGGAAGCACUUCUGUUCUUUAAACCUGUCGUGGUUACUGCGGGUCUGUUACUCUUCGUCUCUGCGGAUUAUCGAGUGCUUCUCUUACUCUAACACAUCACCUAAAUGAGCUGUUUGAGCUCAUUACAAGCUCUUAAUGAGUCGGCUGAUGUGUAAUUGCAGAAUGGGUUUAGUGCAGAGAAUGUAGAAGCCAGGCUAAAUUCCUCUACCUACACGUGACAUUAGACUAUUAGACUAUUAGACAAUCCAAAAUUAGUUACUGUUUCCAUGUCCAUGCAUUGCAGAGUCCACUGAGAGCGAAUGCAUUUUUUUAAAGCUGUAAAGAAAAACUCCACCCUGAAACACAUGAAAUUUGUUUAGAUUGCAAUAUCUGUGAGGUGUUAAUGAUGUUGACGCCGUAUUUUCAUUAUUCCCGUGACCCUGACGUCACGUUUGUUAUUGCUAGCGCAGUUACAGUGGCAUUCAGUAGAAAAAAUCCUUUCGCCCCUCACUCACCACUUUCCUGCGACGUUAAACCUCAUAUUAUUGAGAACUCUAAUGUAUGAGUGGAGACAUUGGUGCAAACAUUGGCCUCAGCGUUCCAGAAUGCAUUGUGGGUAAUGUAGGAAAUAUGCAUAUGUUGUUCAGGGUGGAUUUUUUUUUUUUUUUUUGGUCAUGUUUUGUCUUAAACCUUUCACCAUAAAGCUGUAACUCUGAUACGUGUAUCCAGAUCUUUAUCCCAUCGUAGUGCAGUUGAAGAUCCUCUGCUAUGUUCUCGUCACGGCAGGACUGGACUAAUGAUCAUAAACGCUGUAGUGUUAUCAGUCUCUGUUCUCUAACCCUCACUAAUCAGCUCAUUCAGGUAAUUACAAGCUAACUCGUGUGUGGAUAAAGAGCUGCUGCUUUUAUAACGCUGUCGUUAGAAAGUCUGGACUCAAAGAUCAUUCAUAGCUGGACAAAUUCUUUAAAUUCUGUCAGUUUUAGUAUUAAUUCAGUUCCCAAAACCCUGUCGCCUUCUUUCUGUGCUCCAGCAGCUGUCGUCCUUCGAGAUUAUAGUUUACAUGCAUGGAUCAGAUGAUUUAAGUGCAGAAUUUCUCCAUCACUCCGUUGCACAUUUGUCUGUUUUGUCAGUGCCUCUUUUUUUUUUUUUUUUUUUCCUUGUAUUGAAAGUAUUUGAUGUAUUAAGUGCCUCUUUAAUAGCUUUGCACCUCCAGAUAUUAUCAUGAUGCGUCUUUAUAUUGAAAAUGGAAAACUGCUGUAUUCUUUUUCACGUUAGAAAUUUUUAUCCGAAAGUCAUUUAUAGCUGUACGUUUAAUCGAAAAAAGAAGAAAAAAAAAAUCACGGUAUUGUAUGUUUAAUAAAGUCUGUAAAAAAAAUUCUAUAAAA